GUGAAUCUGGCAACCCGGGUGAAGCGGUUGUCAUGGUGACGGUGUGAAAUGGCGCAGCUGCUGGGAGAGACGGUGUUUGAGAUUAGUUCUCAGGGACCUGCACCGAUUAAAGACUAUUUCUAUUUCCAGAUCACUCAGACAGAGGUGAUUUGGCGAUGGUGGAAGAUUUCCUUUCGACCGAAUUCCUACAACACGAGGCCAGGAGAAGUGAGAGAGUCACACGGCGAGUAUCUGGACGACGCGCGGCUGCAGGGUCAGGUGUUGAUGGUGUUUGGUCCUCAUGUGCUGCAGUACUCUAAGUGUCUGUGUCAGGGUCAGUACGAUUAUCUCCAGCGUCUGCCAGAUCCUUUACUCCUCCGCAUCACGGCACAUUUAGAGCUGGAGGACGUGGCGCGUCUCGCAUGCACCUGUCACAGGUUUAAACAGCUCUAUAGCUCGGAGCAGUUUUGGGAGCAGACGGUGCGCCUGCACUGUGACACGGUGACCCCCGGGAUGGAGGAUCUGGCCCGAGACGUGGGAUGGAAGCGUGUUUUCUUCACCAACAAACUCCAGCUCCAGAAGCAGAUCCGCCGCCGCAGAGCAGGAAAUCCACUCUCACACACGGGAGAUUCACUCACCGUCACGUCCGGCCGAUAACACACACGUUCACACGUGAUACGAAACCGUCACCGUGACGUCAUCACGCCGACUCAGAGCUUUGUACCGGGAAAUAUAUCUACGCUAAUUUACACUUUAUAUUAGUUUAAAACGUUAAAGACGAAUUAUUUCAGCAUUAAAUCAACAAUUUUAACAAUUUUAUUAUUUUUAUUCAAGAAUGUAAAAAAAAAGAGGUUUUAAAUGGAAUUGAAGAAUAUUCAUUCGCUUGUUUUUAAACCUUUUUUAAACACAUCGUUUAGAAGUUUUAGCUGGAUUAGUUUGAUGACACCUGCACAAAUAAUAACAGGAUCAAAGCGCAUCGUUUUCAUUUUAUUCGACUCUUGCGUGUCUGUUCGGAAUUCCAGGACAGAUUUCAGUUUUAUACAAAAUGCUCUUUUUAAUGAAUCGCUUUGUGAGUCGCCUUGUGAGUCGCUUUGUGAGUCGCCUUGUGAGUCGCUUUGUGAGUCGCUUUGUGAGUCACUUUAUAUCACAGUGAAGUGCAGAUAUAAUACAUCACAGAACCUGCUCCUUAUCUUCACCUGUACGCUUGAGUGCAAACGCUUUCACAAUAAAAUGAAGAUGAUGUUA